AUGGCGUCCGACUCCGCCGGAGCAACAAUCGCCGGCGACUUCCCAAACGACGAUAACGCGGAAGCCCUAAACCUCAAUUCUACAGAACUCUACUCAUCAGCAGUUCCCUCCUCCGUUCCUACACCCUCCCUGAAACCACCGUUCUCUCCUCUCUCAAUCCCUCAAUCAAACCGAAUCCCCAAAACAAACUUUACCGUCGACUUCUUCCGCUCCUCCUCCUCCUCCGUCGCUUUCUUCCUCUCACACUUCCACUCCGACCACUACUCCGGCCUCUCCUCUUCCUGGUCCCGAGGAAUCAUCUUCUGCUCUCACAUAACCGCACGCCUCCUCAAACAAAUCCUCCAAGUCCCGUCGCAGCUCGUCUUCCCUCUACCUACGAAUCAAAAAGUUAUCAUCGAUGGCUCCGAAGUCGUUCUCAUCGACGCGAAUCACUGCCCAGGAGCUGUACAGUUCCUCUUCAAAACCAACGAUGGCUCCGAAAGGUACAUUCACACCGGAGACUUCAGAUUCUGCGAUUCGAUGAGAUCAGAUCCCUUCCUUAGUAGCUUCGUUGGCUGCGACGUCGUUUUUCUCGACACUACUUAUUGCAAUCCGAAGUUCGUUUUCCCCACGCAGCAAGAGUCUGUUGAUUAUGUGAUUAGCGUGAUAGAUAAGAUCGAUGAAGAGUCUAAGCAAAUGAAAAAAAAGGUUUUGUUUCUUGUUGCUACUUACGUUGUUGGUAAAGAGAAGAUUUUAAUUGAGAUUAGUAAGAGAUGCAAUAGGAAGAUCUUUGUGGAGGAGAGGAAGAUGUCGAUUUUGAAUGUAUUGGGGUGUGGAGAGGGUGGAAUGUUCACAGAGGAUAAGGAAGAGAGCGAUGUUCAUGUUGUGGGAUGGAAUGUGUUGGGAGAGACUUGGCCGUAUUUUCGUCCGAAUUUCGUGAAGAUGAAUGAGGUUAUGGUUGAGAGAGGGUAUGAUAAGGUUGUAGGUUUUGUGCCCACGGGGUGGACUUAUGAGGUGAAGAGGAAUAAGUUUGCGGUGAAGGUUAAGGAUUCUAUGGAGAUUCAUCUUGUGCCGUAUAGCGAGCAUUCGAAUUACGAUGAGCUUAGGGAGUACAUAAAGUUGUUGAGGCCUAAACGAGUUAUUCCUACAGUUGGUGUUGAUGUGGAGAAGAUGGAUAGCAGGGAGGUUUAUAAAAUGCAGAAGCAUUUUUCUGGACUGGUUGAUGAGAUGGCGAACAAGAAAGAGUUUUUAUUGGGGUUCUAUCGUCAGUCUGACAAGAAGAGUGAGAAAGAUGGCGUAGAUGUUAGGGAAAAUGAUGCUCCAGGAAGUGAUUCUUUGGUGACUGAAAGAUUGCUGAUAGAACUACGUGAUUCUUUGCCUGCUUGGGUAAGUGAAGAGCAGAUGUUAGAUCUGAUUAAGAAACAUGCUGGUAACCCUGUAGAUAUAGUAAGUAACUUCUAUGAAUGCGAAGCAGAGUUUUACAAGCAAUCCUGUAUUGCCACGUCUUCCUUGGAGAAUCAGGCUGUUUUGAUUGAUGACGAUGGAAUCGACUUGCAGCCAAUUCCUGCUAAGGGCAUUUCGUCAGAUUGUCAAGAAAGUCUAAAAGGUUUUGCCUUACCAAGCAAACUUGGUUUAACAAAGGGUAUUGUUUCUCCGGGGAAAAGAAGCAAAAGCAUUGGCAAUAAGUCAAACAAGAAGGCCAAAAAAGAUCCAAAGUCGAAACCAGUUGGUCCAGGGCAGUCAACCAUAACUAAGUUUUUCGAUAAGGUGUUGGAUAGUGGAUCUAGUUCUGUUGGUGUUGGUUCAGAGACUGAAGAAUGCAAUACAGAUGAAAAGAUGGUCCACAAUGAUGCUAAAGAAACAUACAAAGAAGUAACAGAUCAAUUUAUUGACAUUGUUCACGGUUCUGAGUCUUUAAGAGAGUAUGCUGCUUCCAUCAUUGAUGAGGCUAAAGGAGAUAUAAAUAGGGCACUGGACAUCUAUUACAGUAAACCCAGUGAUGUACCUGGUGAGCAUGCAGGUGAGGGAGGAGGACUCUCUAGCGAAUCAAAUCAGUUAACGCAAUGUCCAGAAGCGUGCUCCUCCCAGGAGAACAUUAAGACGUCAGAAAAAUCAGGGCAUACAUUGAACUUAAGUGAGCAGACAUCAGCAAAAGAAAUGGUGGACAAUGAUUAUGUAUCUCUACCUCCUGAAAAAUAUAAGCCUAAAGAGCAUGCUUGUUGGAGGGAUGGACAGCCUACUCCGUAUAUCCACCUUGUCCGGACAUUUGCUUCGGUCGAAGGUGAAAAGGGCAAGAUCAAAGCUAUGUCUAUGCUUUGCAACAUGUUUAGAAGCGUGUUGGCUCUCUCUCCAGAAGAUGUGCUGCCCUCUGUUUAUCUUUGCACAAAUAAGAUUGCCGCUGACCAUGAGAAUAUUGAGCUCAACAUUGGUGGAAGUCUGAUCUCUGCUGCAUUGGAAGAAGCAUGUGGAAUAAGUCGGUCUACUAUGAGGGAGAUGUAUAAUAGAUUGGGAGAUCUUGGGGACGUUGCUCAGCUGUGCCGACAAACGCAAAAGCUACUAGUUCCUCCACCUCCACUUCUAGUUAGAGAUGUGUUUUCAACUCUACGAAAGAUAAGUGUGCAGUCAGGUACUGGAAGUACUAGGCAAAAGAAAAACCUCAUCGUGAAGCUAAUGCGCUCUUGUAGAGAGAAAGAGAUCAAAUUUCUAGUUAGAACAUUGGCCCGUAAUUUAAGGAUUGGCGCUAUGUUGAGAAUUGUUCUACCUGCACUAGGGCGAGCAAUUGUUAUGAAUUCUUUCUGGAAUUGCCAUAACAAAGAACCAUCAGAAAAUUGGUUCAAAGAGAAACUUGAGGGUGUUUCUGCUGCAGUAGUUGAGGCCUACAAUAUACUUCCUUCUCUGGACGUGGUUGUUCCUUCUCUCAUGGAAAAAGACAUUGAGUUUUCAACAUCAACUCUGACAAUGAUCCCAGGGAUACCAAUAAAACCCAUGCUUGCAAAAAUUGCUAACGGGGUUCAAGAUUUUAUCAAGCUCUUCCAAGACAAGGCUUUUACAUGUGAAUACAAGUAUGAUGGCCAGCGCGCCCAGAUCCAUUUGUUACUUGAUGGUACAGUGCGGAUUUUCUCUCGAAAUGGGGAUGAAACUACUUCCAAAUUUCCUGAUCUGGUUGAUGUUAUAAAACAGUUUGCUUGCCCUGCUGCUGAGACGUUCAUGUUGGACGCAGAGGUUGUUGCAACUGAUAGAAAGAAUGGUAACCAACUCAUGUCAUUCCAAGAGUUAUCAACAAGAGAGAGAGGGAGCAAAGAUGCUUUGGUAAUUACAAAAAGUAUUAAGGUUGAAGUCUGCAUCUUUGUGUUUGAUAUUAUGUUCUUCAACGGUGAACAGCUGUUGACUCUUCCCCUCCGUGAGAGACGAAAAUGUCUAAAGGAGGUCUUCCCUGAGACUAGGCCAGGUUUUCUCGAAUAUGCUAAGGAAAUCACUGUGGGAACAGAAGAAGCUUCUAUGAAUAACCAAGACACUUUGUGUAGAAUAAAUGCGUUUCUAGGAGAAGCAUUUCAGUCAUCUUGUGAGGGAAUCAUGGUUAAGUCUUUAGAUGUUGAUGCCGGAUACUGCCCCACAAAGCGUUCUGAUUCAUGGCUUAAGGUGAAGCGAGAUUAUGUUGAUGGAUUAGGUGACACAUUGGAUUUAGUUCCUAUAGGUGCUUGGCAUGGCAACGGGAGAAAAGCCGGAUGGUAUAGUCCAUUCCUCAUGGCCUGCUACAACCCUGAGACUGAGGAAUUCCAGAGUGUCUGCCGUGUCAUGUCUGGGUUUUCUGAUGCCUUUUACGUCGAGAUGAAAGAAUUCUACUCCGAGGAUAAGAUCCUCGCGAAAAAGCCGCCAUACUACAGAACAGGGGAGACACCAGACAUGUGGUUUCCCGCAGAGGUUGUCUGGGAAAUCAAAGGUGCGGAUCUAACCGUCUCACCUGUACACAGUGCGGCUUUAGGUCUGGUCCAUCCAUCACGAGGCAUCUCCGUUAGGUUUCCAAGAUUCAUCUGUAAAAGGGCGGAUAGGGAUCCGGAGGAAUGCAGCACGGCGGCAGAUAUAGCAGAGAUGUUUCAUGCUCAAACCAGAAAAAUGAACAUCAAGUCUCAACACUAACAUUGUAUCUUAUCUGAUCAGCUACUUACCUUUUGGUUCUGUUAGGAGUUUACACAAAAUGUUUUUGUGUUGCUUUUAAUAGCUUGGUAAACUUAGAAUGUGUAAAAAAUAUCUACCUAAAACUAUGUAAAUAUUCUGUAUAUAUAAUCUAUCUGCAUGUUAAUUUUUGUGUU